GCCAUGGCUGCCUAGGAAGCCAAAACGCUAUGCGGGUAGUGACAGCAAAUAAAUAAAAGACCAAGUUACAAAUUUGCUUAUUUUAGUUGAACAAAUUAGAAUUAGUUUAAUUUAUAUUUCAUUUGAUUUCUUUUUUUCAAUGUUUCAAAGUUCGACGAGAGGUAGCCAAUGAUGAACAAAGUGAAGCUGUACCAAUGAUUUUCAAAACAAAUUUUAUAUGACCAAACAAGGAUUGUCAUAUCAUUUUUAUUGUGUUACAGAUUUCGUAGGUUCUGGAAGUAAUGUCGCGUCUUCAAGUACUGAUUUUAGUUCUGGUGGGAACGAAAAUUUUCCUGGUAGACGCCAUAGGAGAGCUGCCGGUCAGUAAUAUUCCAAUCUACAGCGAUGGAAUCUAUUUUGAAAAGUUAAAGCCGGUUAAAAUACAAAUCAGUACAUGGACGCUUCAGGCAGACUACGAGCUGAAGGAGUUUGUAGAGGAAAUUAUCGUGGCUAACUCUAGUGUGGAUAAACUUAUACAGGCUUGCAGAGACCUUAAAAGUAAGUUUCCUGGUAGCUGUGAAAGUAUCGGUAACAUUGUUGAUCUGACGCGCGAACUCAAUGAUUUUAAGAACCUCCUGCAAAGUUUUUGUGAAAGUAACUCCCGUAGGAAGAGGGGAAUUUUGCGAAGUUGGUUUGGACUAAUGGAUGAUGAUGACAGAGAUGAAAUCGACGGAAACUUCAAGAAAAUUGAUGAGCAAAUUGAAACACAGACUUCUACGGUUAAUCAUUUCUUCAAUACUACAAACGAAGCGAUUGCAAUGUUAAGUGGUAACAUGUUCAAACUGGAUCCUAAGAAACCUGAUUCAAUCGAUUAUACUCGUGAAGGUCAGUUACUGGUUAUGGAUAUUCUAUUGAACAAGAUUAUUCGAAAGAAAGAAUUGUUUAUGAAACUUCUUCAAUCAUCCAGUACAAUGUCUCUUGACGAUAACAUUGUAAGUCCUAGUCGUUUACUAAAAGAGCUUGAAAAACUGCACAAGAUUCUUCCGGUUGGUUUCAGUUUUCCUGUAGCGUUGAAUCUUCGGGAAGUAAUUAAAAUUUACACGUUGUCAAGAGUUGUUGCACAGGUUGACCAAUGUAAAAUGAAAGUCAACAUUUUACUACCUCUUUGUGAAACAAUUCAAUACACUACAUUGAAAGGAACUAGUGUUCCAACAAUGCAAGAUGGUAUUCUGAAGAUGUUCCCUCUUGAAAAUGACGUUUUGGUGUAUAACAACGACCACCAUUUAGGAAUGGUAAUGAACUACGUCGAGUAUAAAAGUUGUAAUCAUCUAAACGAUUUUGCGUUGUGCAACACGCACCAUUUAAUGAGGAAUCUGUCAUCGGCGGAGGAUUGCAUCGUUGUAACAUUUUUCAAUAGGACGAACUCUGAUUCUGACUGCCGUGUUAGUCGUCUUCAAUUAAGACAUCAGAUUUGGAUUCAACUGGCUGAUCCCAAUCGGUGGGUCUAUGCAAUACCUAACACGACUUCGAUAGAAGUAAACUAUGGUCUAACUUACAAAAGAUUUGUAGAAAUAGGAGGCGUUGGAAUGCUAAAAUUAAUUCGAAUGUGUCACGUGAGAUCUCAGGACGUAAUACUCCAAUAUGUACCGCAAUUAGGUGGUGUUGUUGAGACGCAUAGCUUUGGUUUUCAACUACCAGCAGUAAUAACGCGUGACCAGCCACGCAUAAUUUCCGCUAGUGACAAUAAUAAGGUAAUACUUGCUGGUAAAAAUUCUGAAAGUGUCGUUCUCGAGCGAACUCAUGUGGCUGGAAUACACUACGAGCAGUCAACAUUUUCGCCGUGGGCAGUAGUAGGAAUUGUUUGUGGUGUUUUCAUCGUCACCUUCAUAGCAGUCAAAGUUUAUUUUAAAAUGGCAAACGAAAAACAGCGUCAACAGUUACUCAUGGCACGACUUCAACAACAAGAACUGAUGGGACAGAACGGAGCCGAUUUAAAUAUCGGUACUAACAUGUGAUUAGGGCAUAUCGUGCGAUAUGCCCUUUUGAAAGUUACGAAAAAUAAUGCUCAUUACUCAAGUUUUGAACAUGAAAUACAAGCAUAUUGCGCACAAUUUCGUAGAUUGGGCUUCUAUCUACGAGAUUAUAUCGAUUAUUGUGUCAAUGAAGGUUGUAGAGCCGAGCAAUGAGCAUUAUAUUUUGUAACAUUCGCAAGGGCUUAUCGUGCGAUAUGCCCUAAUCACAUGUUACUACCGAUAUUACUUCUCAGUCUACUGACUCAGCUAA